UACCUUGCAAUUUUCACAAAAAUGGCGCCUUUCUUCGUUUUGUUACCUUCGAACGCAGAAGAGUUCCAUCUCGGAUUAUCGGAACUCAUCUAGGUUUUGCUUUGUCAUUUGAAGAAAAUUAGUUUGCGUACUUGACAACGGACAAGAUGUAAUAAGCCAGGAGUAAUAUUAUGGUGUCAGUGAUGGAUCCCCGUAUUGCAGCCAUCAUGGCUCAGUAUGACAUGCCCAGAGAAGAAGAUAAGCCACAGGAGGCAGUACAGGAAGAGAAGAAAAAACCCAAACCCCCCACAAACUAUGAGGAGUUCAUGAAUGCUGAGGGACUGGAGGAAUGGCCCCAGAGAUUGACAUCAGAGGGGGCUUUGGAUAUCUCUGACGAGGCAUUUCUACUGGGGAGUCAAGAAGACAUAGCAGCCAUCUUAAGGGAGUCGGCACCCCUGGGUUUACACAUGUUAGAGGACCUAGAGGGUAGACUCGAUAAGCUUGAGGACAAACUUCGUUUCUAUGCCGACCAGGUUGUCACCGAGGAGAAGAAACUACAGCGUGAGGAGGACAUUCCUUAUGGAGUCAGUCGAGCAUUUAUAACACAGAUGGCUGAAUCUGAUGCUGUAAAGAGUCACCAUAGUGCCAGGGGAAGAAGAACCAUGAACAAAGAGGACUCGGACCUGGUGGAGACAAUGAUGGAGACUAGGAAGAAGAGUAUGGAUUACUGCCAGUUCCCAGGGUUCAGACACGGUGAACUGAUAGAGCUCCCUGCUCAGCUUGAGUCUCCUCCCAUACUGCACAGGGUCACAAAGGCCCAAAACUUUAAUCCUGGUUUUAAGAAGUUCUGGAAGAAGCUGUUUUUAUCGGAGGCCUCAGUCGCUGUAAUGCAGGACACGUUCUGGUGGUUCUUCCUGAACCGCUUUGACCGUAAUAGUGAAGAUGAGAAGAAUCUUCUAUAUGACAGAAUCGCUGAUAGUUUUGUUGGUCUGUUUGCCAGUAUCCACAAAGACGUCAAGGACAAAUUUCUUUCGGUAUACCCAGACUGCCUUGCUCAGGCUAUCUACAUGGCUUAUUGGACAGCAUUCCCAGAAUCCCAUGCCAAAAUGGAUGAAUCCUUCAAACAAGACUUACUAAAUGUUGUUCAUGAGUGGGUUACAGGAUUAAAACCUGUUCCUGGAACCUGGAAAACAUGGAACAUACAGAAGAUGGAGGCAAAAGCACCAAAAGGACUGGAGAGGGAAUCGAACCAAGCAACCACGAAACUGAUGCAGGCAGCCGCUCUCAAUAAAGAAAUGAAUCUGAGUUUGGACAUGGAUUCCUUCAAUAGAAUGAUGGCUUCUCUGGGUGGGAACCACACAGGUCCCCCUUCCUCUGUCAGCCCCACCCCCCAGAAUGUGUCCCGAGAGAUGACCAAACUCACCACGAUGACAAACUUCACCAACAUGACGAAUGGGUUGUCCAUAGCCUCCCACAACUUUAAUGUCCCUCCCACUGCCCUGUCUCAAGGAUCCACCUCUAGGCUGGCUACGUGUGGUACCACUUCUCAUAGGGUGGAGAAAAAAGAGUCUCACCAGCUGGGUCCUGGACCCGAAUAUGAGAGGGUCCUCUUCAAUACGAGUGGUCGCAGUCCACUGAUUUCACACUACCUACACCUACGACAACUCCGAGACUUUAAACAACCUGGCAAAAAAGUCCGCAGGACUGAGAUAUCAGCCAUGCCUCCUCCAGGUCCCACAUACAAACAGCUGAUAGAGACUCGCAAAGCCAUGUCUGAGGCUCUAAAGAAAGAAUACGAAAAGAUUUGUGAUCAGACCCAUAAGGACAUUGUUGAAAUUGAGAGGAAGAGGAUCAAGACAAACCGAGAGAUCAGUAAUAUUACUCGGGAAUUAAUGAUGACCAAGAAUCCCCUGGACAUUAAGAUACUCAGCGAACGAAUCAUGGCCAUAAGGAACAUGAAGGUUGUAGAGGAGCGUGAUCGAGACAUGUCCCUUCUGGACAAGGACUCUGAUGCAGGACCUUUGGACAGUGGACCAGGUCUGGAGGAGGAGGAGGAGUGAUACAGAUCCCCCAAAAGCACUGUGAUAAGGGAGAUAACUCCCUAGUGAUAGGGGAAAUAACUCCCUAUUAAUAAAGGGAAAUAACUCCCAAAUAGACACAAAGUUAUGUGAUUCAUGUGUCAUAACUUGUUUUUUUUAAAUAUGUUUCAUAUAUAUUUAGUUGAAAAUGUAUACAUUGUGAACAUCUUGUGCAAGUUUUGACAUGCCUGAAUAAAAACCAGUUGAGUUUA